CAUAUAUUAAUUAAAGUAAUACGCUUAAAGCAAUGAAUUCAGUGUUUCGCCAUCUCAUUGUGGCAGCUCUUGGUAUUGGACUCAAUGCCUUGGCUACAUUCCGCCUACCUGGAACAAAACUGAUGCAGGACCCAGUCGAGACAUUAGCUUCAGCAGUACCUAUCUUGUUACUGGGAUAUUGUCAACUACUCAUGUUAUCUCUUUAUUUAAGAGGAUCGUCUGUUCGUGAUGCAUUGUUUACCACCGGGCGCGCUUUAGUGGCAACAGCCUGUGCUACACUUGUUUUGCAUUUAUUAACCAUAUUGUUUGGCGCACCCCUUUUAGCUAAAUUCUACAACACAUUGGUUUUCUCGGCCUAUCUGGCUAUCCUGAGUGUCUUUCCAACAUUUAUAGCAAUUGUAACACCUGGACAGCCUUCAGGUUGGUUCAAGAUAUUCUUACAACAUUGUCCAACUACCACUUCAGAAAUCUAUGGGUAUACACAGGCAGUAUGCACAUUUUCAGGUGCGUGGAUUGGAGCAAUAGUCUUACCGUUGGAUUGGGAUCGAGAGUGGCAGGCCUGGCCAAUCUCAUGUGUGAUCUCUACAUUUCUAGGUCAUGCGGUCGGUGUAGUGGCUGGUUUUGGGUGGUCAUUCUUUAAGCAUAUCUGUGAUAAGCCAAAGACAGAAUAGCAGAAUAUAUAUAUAUAUAUAGUAAUAAUAAAAUUAUUAUAAUUAUUAUUAUUC